GAGACAGCCGAUCUCGGGGCAUUUCUCAGGCUUUUCAGCACACUGGACAUCUCGAGGUAACCCCACUCGCUUCAACGCCAGGGCUCUGCCAAGCAUCCCCUCUCGUUUACCACUGCGGCCAGUCGUGUCGCCUUACGCCUCCCUGUCCCAUCAGUCAAUCAACCGCCGUCCAAGUCUAUCAAUCGACUUCAGCAUGUUUCCCCACAGCCCGGGUCCCCCCGUUUUCGCGUCACCUGGUCAAUUUGACCUUGAUGCUGCCAGAACGGUGUAGUGCACCAAUGGCACUGGAGGAAGCGGUCCACUCACCGGCGCAGCCGCCACCAUUGCCGCUGGGGCACUGGUUUAUGGUGCAUCAUUCGCCAAAUCAGAAAGCCAGCACCACGGAAAAGUCGCAAGUUCAUUCCAGAGUCGUACAGCUGGAUGUCACGAUGCUGCUGAGAAGGCCCACAAAGAAGUGCAAGUCCUGGCAGACAAAUGGCUUGCCGCAAAGCAAGCAACCUCUCAAAAAACACGAACGUGAUUCCCAACUCCGUCGCAUUGAGGACGCCAUCAAACUUGCCGAGUCUGAGUGGACUGCCACGGGAAUUAUCAGGCCUCUUUUCCGCCGUGCAUUUGCCUCGGCGGUCGCGUUUGGUCCUCCAUUCAAAGCCCCCCAAACGCCAGUUGAGCAUGUCAAGGACGAGGUCAUUUCCAAUGACUUUGCCGACUGCGACGACAAAGACCUUUUGAGAAAGUGGUUUGACAGAACUUCGCUUGAAACUCUCAAAGACGCCGAGGAUGAAAUUGUCGAGGAGUGGCUCAGAUCUCCAGUCGACCCAAUCGAUGAAAGCACCAUCACAUCAGAUCUCCUUGCACAUACAAGUGUCGCUGAACUGUCCGAUAUCAUUAUCCCCGAUUCCACCUCUGAAGGUGACGACGCAUUUCCCUCCACCUUUCCAUAUACCGAAAUCCCCGACUCGCAAUCAGACAAUCGCUCCCUAUUGUCUAUGGAUAAUUCUUUCAUUAUGUCUCUCGAUGAAGAGGAUGAAGACUACGCCAGUGACCCAGCAUAUACCAGCGACCCAGACUACGUGAACGAAUCCGACUCUGAUGACGAAUCCGACUCUGACGACGAAUCCGACUCGAAUGGCGAGUUCGACUCUGAUGACGAUUUUGAGUGGCUGCCAGUGUCCAGAUCCCGACAAACGCUCGUGUGCCAAUUGUCCAGCAGCGGAACACGCAUCAGAAUCCAAAAGCCUGGGAAGUACGACAAGGAUGUCAUCGUACAUCUGUCUACAAUCCAAACGAGACAAGAUAGCACUCUCUCACUAGAUUCUCGUCCUAGUCCAUUGUACAACAAUCUAGCACUAAGAGCCAGAACAUCACUAAGCUUUGGCUUGGAAGCACUCUUCUCCACAGAACCUCGGUCAUUCUACGCACUCAUCGACGAGGCCUGGAGACUGCGCGAUGCCCACCUGCAGCACGCGAAAAUGUUCGAUUACAUGCUCUGGAUCAAAGAGAAGCCGGGGCCUGACACCUGCUUCAGUGGGAUUCACCACGCUUGCCCAGAUGCAAAUCUGACUGAGAUGCUUCAAAUUAACAACUCUUUGAACGACAGCCGGAAUUCGAUGAGGGCGAGGUACGAUCAUUGGAAGCUCAUCGUCGGUCACAUAACGCUCGGCUCCAAGAAGGCAACGAAGUCUCUACGCAUGACUCAGACGCUUUCCCUCGAGGAGUUUCAGCACAUCCUCACCGGCAUGUACGAGACAUCACACCUGUGCAACUUUUCCCGAUGCAUGAACCCCCUCCACAUGACUGCCGAACCUCAUGACACGAACAUCCAACGCUCUGCUUGCUUUGAAGAGGCCCGACGAAAGGCCCUUGCUGGCCAGAGUCUCAGUCGCGAAUGUUCCCGGCAUAAUUCCCCAUGCCUGCUCCAAGCAUCUACAUUCUCAACGGAGCAGAUAACCAUUAUGGAACAUGAGGCUUUGGGCAAGAGUACUCCCCUGGAACUUCCCCGCCAAGUCCAGAUCCAGGUACCAGGAACACUCAAUCUCCUACAAGAUCACAUUAAUAUCUACAAGUGGGAAGGAGAUAAACGCAAAAUAGCCAAGACCAUCCAACUCUCCUCUCGACCUUCAAAGCUCGAAGGAACCAUGCCGCGGCGGAUGCACUGCUCCAAGUCGCUUUGGGCAAUUAACGUCGCGGAUGUUGUUCAUGACUACGUGCUCUAAUCUUGUCGUCCUUUCCCCUGUUCUUUCUUUCUAUUAUUCUUUCUUUCUUACCUUUGUACCGGCGACGGAGUUGACCUGGGACUUUACGCACAUUUUUCAGUGGGCUUUCAGGCGUUAAAGAUUUCACAAAUAUCUGUAGGGAAGGUUGGGGGGACUGCAGCAUUACCAUCCAUCAUGCAUCAUGGGUAUUGAUUUGUUUUUUUUUUAGACGAGAUAUGUUUAUUUGUUAAUAGUUAUAGCACAUUUUCAAGGUUUUCACAAUUG